AGCCUCUCGUAUACUCGGGUUUCUAUUGUCACACUAUCUCCAUCCCUGACACUCUCCGAGUAUUUAAUCCCCUUGCUUCCCCAGUUUCAUUCCCGAUUGUCAACCAUGGCUGAGCGAGGAGGAGAACGCGGUGGCUUUGGUAGAGGGUUCGGUGGUGGUCGCUCAAGAGGAGAUCGUGGACGAGGUGGCCGUCGUCGUCCUCGCCGUGACGAGGAGGAGAAGUGGGUACCGGUGACGAAGCUCGGCCGUCUCGUGAAGUCCGAUAAGAUCAAGUCCCUUGAGCAGAUCUACCUCCACUCCCUCGCCAUCAAGGAGCACCAGAUCGUCGACCAGCUCUGCCCUGGCCUCAAGGACGACGUCAUGAAAAUCAUGCCGGUUCAGAAGCAGACCCGGGCCGGUCAGAGGACACGAUUCAAGGCCUUUGUUGUCGUCGGUGACUGCAACGGCCACGUUGGACUUGGCGUCAAAUGCAGCAAGGAGGUCGCCACGGCCAUUCGUGGUGCCAUCAUACUGGCUAAGCUUUCCGUGAUCCCCGUGAGGAGGGGUUACUGGGGGAACAAGAUUGGGAAACCCCACACAGUGCCCUGUAAGGUGACCGGGAAGUGUGGGUCCGUCACGGUACGCAUGGUACCUGCGCCACGAGGGGCCGGGAUUGUGGCAGCUAGGGUUCCCAAGAAGGUCCUGCAGUUCGCCGGGAUCGACGAUGUAUUUACCUCGUCGAGAGGGUCAACUAAAACUCUCGGAAACUUCGUGAAGGCAACUUUUGAUUGCCUGCUGAAAACCUAUGGGUUCCUUACACCCGAAUUCUGGAGGGAAACUCGCUUCAUAAAGUCUCCAUUCCAAGAGCAUACGGAUCUGUUGGCAAAACCAGUCGGCAAGCUAAUCCUAGAGGAGCCUGAGAGGGUUGAGGCUUGAGACCGGGUUUAGAUACAACGGCAGUGAGGUGUUAGAGGACCUCUUUAGUAUAUGUUUCUAGUUAAAAGAGAUGCUUUCUAUUUCAGUUAAGGGAUUAUAUGUUUCUUUCUUUAUACUCUUUUUAACUGUUUUUAAAGUUUUUUGAGUUGGAUGGUUUUAUGCCUA